ACAGCAGCGCAGAUAUUAUGAGUACAACUUCCGGAUCGAAACGAGACUCAAAUAUAGACUGAGGGCGUAGAGGGUCACUAAAGGCAUUUAGGCAAGUGUAGAUAUCCUCACCCUCAUUUUCCCGAGAGAUUUGUUGACAGGAUCUUUGAGCAUAUUGACCAAUUCUUGAUCAAGCAAUUCGGCAUCCAACUGUCCCACACGAAGUAUUCGUGGAGGGACGUAUGGCCAGAAGGUGGCUGACAUCGUGGCCGUCGACUGAAUAAAGCGAGCGGAAGUCACCGAGGGCGCUACUGGAGACGCCCUUUCGUUCACAUGGAAAAGUACUCGGGUUUCAGAGAUGCUGCGACGGGCUUGCAACCUUUCUUGAACCCGGUUCCUCCACAAACAUCGGAUGCGCUACCUAGGGUAGUCCUUCCGAUAGGAUACUUGAUUGGGGCUGUUCGAACAGUGUUGGUCCUUCUCGUCACGCUGUUGUACAUCCUCCUGGUGAAGGGAACGUGCAUGAUAUUUCUCCCGGUGCCGCCUUUAUAUAGAUUCGUCUCUGGAGUGUUGACGUCCUUAUUGACUCGCCUUGCUUUAUUUAUCAUCGGCUUCUACUGGAUCCCCGUUACUGUCACGUCGAGGAAACGAGGGCGCGCGGGGAAAGAUGCGUCGUCGGAGAGUUGGGCCCCUCUCUCCGGUGACCUGAUUGUGUCAAAUUGGGUUUCCUGGGUAGAAAUACUUUGGCUCGCGUUCAGAUUCAAUCCUACAUUCGUAAUCCCGAUUGCAGAACGACCCGUUAGCAACCCUGCCCCCGGCUCUACGUUUUCUCCGUCAAGAAAGACUGGCAGACAAACCGGUACGGGUUCGGCCAACAUAUCUAUGUCGACACCUGUUUCCGCAGCCGUCAGGACUCGUGCACCAAUCCGAGGCUUCAAGCAAAUCUCCUUGCUCCGUAUGAUCGGCCUUACCGGCAGACUGCCGCCCUUCGACGAAGAUGCAACUGGUGCGAGGUCCUUGGACGAUAUUAGAAGGUCUGCCGGACGUCCGGUCGUCGUGUUUCCGGAAUGCACCACCAGCAAUGGCCGGGCUCUCUUGCAGUUCGCAGACGUAUUCGGUAGCGAGGUUAAGGUUCCUAUCAAAGGAUACAGUAUUUACGUUAUUUGUGUUCGAUAUGAUCCACCAACACCACUGUCGCCUUCCUUAGCCCUCUCAAUUCCAUCCGCUAGCUCAAUACUUAACCCGACGGCGCAUUUAUUCCAAAUAAGCACAAAUCUAAUUCCCCAAUCUAUUUCAAUUCGUCUCCUCCCGCCCUCCGAAUCGCCGAGUGCCGCCACUUUUGCAGUCUCUGACAUCGUAAGUGUGACGACAAUGGCCCUUGCUGAUAAUAAGAUCCUCAAGGAAUCUUGUGAGGCUCUUGUUGCCGGUUUGGGAAAACUGAAACGCACUCAACUGAGUUGGGAGGACAAGGGUGCUCUGAUAGAAAUGAUGAAAUGAGAGGUGUCGUUACGGGUUGGCUGUCAUUGUUAGAUACAUAGGAGAUAUAAACACCUCACUGCUCUAAUGAUCAUGAAAGACAUUCAACGGGGGAACUU